CAGUUUUGUUUGAUCUCAUCCAUGGUUGAUCUCUAUUUUCUCCAUAGAUAAGCUUUGAGGUACGUGAACAAGCAUGGAUUUUUCUGAUGAAACUCGACCUAUUGUCUGUGAUAAUGGAUCUGGCUUUAUGAAGGCUGGUUUUGCUGGAGAUGAUGCUCCCUGUGUGGUUUUCCCUAGUGUAAUAGGCCGACCUCGAAACAAGCAUUCCAUGAUGGGUAUUGGACAAAAGGAAAUGUACUAUGGAGAUGAAGCUCAAGCAAGGCGUGGAAUACUUCAACUAAGUUAUCCUGUUAACCAAGGAAUAGUGACAGAUUGGGAUGCGAUGGAAAGGCUUUGGGAGAACACAUUCGAGAAGGAACUUAGGGCGACGAUCGAAGAACACCCUGUCCUCCUAACAGAGGCUCCAUUGAAUCCCAAGGCCAACAGGGAGAAGAUGGUGGAGGUCAUGUUUGAGGCAUUUGAGAUCCCAGCUACAUACAUAGCAACUCAACCAGUUCUCUCCUUAUAUGCUAGUGGUCGCACUACAGGGAUUGUAAUGGACAGUGGAGAAGGGGUCACAAACAUUGUCCCUAUCUACGAGGGCUACGCACUGCCACAUGCCAUUGAGAGGCUCAACCUAGCUGGCAAGGAUCUGACUGACACCCUAACCAAGAUUCUAAUAGAAGAGGGUCAUGUGUUUGCCACAUCAGCGGAGAGGGAGAUCGUAAGGGACAUGAAGGAGAAACUUGCUUAUGUGGCGAUCGACUUCGAAAAGGAAUUGGCCAUGUCGAAAGAAAGCUCAGAACUAGAGAGAGAGUAUGAAUUGCCUGAUGGGCAAGUGAUCAGAAUUGGGGCAGGAAGGUUCAAGUGCACAGAAGUCCUAUUUGAUCCAAGUAGAGUAGGGAUGGAGUCCGAGGGGAUCCAUGAAAUUGUAUUAAAAUCGAUUGGGAGGUGCGAUAUGGACAUCAGGAGAGAUUUAUACUCAAAUGUAGUGCUUAGUGGGGGAACCACAAUGGUAGCAGGCUUGGCCGAUCGGCUAGCAAAGGAAGUGAGCACAAUGGCACCAUCAUCAAUCAGAGUGAGAGUAGUUGCUCCUCCUGAAAGGAAGUAUAGUGUGUGGAUUGGUGGCUCCAUUUUGGCUUCUUUGAGCACUUUUGAACAGAUGUGGAUAACCAAAGAAGAGUAUAUGGAAACUGGUUCUGCUAUUGUACACAUGAAGUGUUUCUAGUCAAGAAGCUAUUUUCCCUCAACAAAGCUUUCUUUAAACU